GUUCAGUACUAUGAUGAUGGCUUUGCAUAUAUUACACAUUUAAUUCUCGUGAUCCUCCUGCAUAGGAGAUAAUGAUUUUCUCAUUUUACAGUGAGGGAAGUCGAGACAUGCAAAAGUUUAAGUUAAAUCAUUUUCCCAGGAUCAUCUGGCAAGGUGUUGGUCUCAGGUCUAACCGACUCAAGCCCAGAGCUUUUCUGAGAUGUCAUGCAGUUCCACUCAAUAUAACACAUAGUUUCAUCCCUCCCCUCUCCUGCAGGCCUCUGUAUUCUCCUAUGCCCUGGAUACCUCUCAUUAGCGUGCCAGGCCUUUCGAUCUUCCUCAUGGUUUUUAGGCAUGGAGACCGAAGUCCCAUCGAAACCUUUCCUAACGACCCCAUUAAGGAAUCCUCAUGGCCACAAGGAUUUGGCCAACUCACUCAGCUGGGCAUGGAGCAGCAUUAUGAACUUGGACAAUAUAUAAGGAAACGAUAUGAAAAAUUCUUGAACAAGUCCUAUAAACAUGAACAGGUUUUUGUUCGAAGCACGGAUAUUGACCGGGCUUUGAUGAGUGCUAUGACAAACCUUGCAGCCCUAUUUCCCCCAGAAGGUAUCAGCGUCUGGAAUCCCAGCCUACCCUGGCAGCCCAUCCCAGUGCACACAGUCCCGGUUUCUGAAGAUCGGUUGCUAUACCUGCCUUUCAGGAACUGCUCUCGUUUUCAAGAACUUGAGAGGAAGACUUUGAAAUCAGAGGAAUUCCAAAAGAGGCUGCAUCCUUAUAAGGAUUUUAUAGAAAUCUUGCCAAAAUUUACAGGAUACCAUGACCAGGACCUUUUUGGAAUUUGGAGUAAAGUCUACGACCCUUUAUUUUGUGAGGGUGUUCACAAUUUCACUUUACCCUCCUGGGCCACAGAGGACACCAUGACUAAGUUGAAAGAAAUAUCAGAAUUGUCCCUCCUGUCCCUCUAUGGAAUUCACAGGCAGAAAGAGAAAUCUAGACUGCAGGGGGGUGUCCUGGUCAAAGAAAUCCUCUAUCACAUGAAGAGUGCAACUCAGCCAUUGAACCACAGAAAACUCAUUAUAUAUUCUGCACAUGACACUACUGUGAGUGCCCUACAGAUGGCGCUAGAUGUUUACAACGGAAUCCUUCCUCCCCAUGCGUCCUGCCACUUGACGGAAUUGUACUUUGAUAAGGGGGAGUACUUCAUAGAAAUGUACUAUCGGAAUGAGACGCAGCAUGAACCACAUCCCCUCACGCUGCCUGGCUGCACCCCCAGCUGCCCUCUGACAAAGUUUGCUGAGCUGGUUGCCCCUGUGAUCUCCCAAGACUGGUCCACAGAGUGUGCCAUGAGCAACCAUGAAGGUACUGAGGAUGCUAUGGAUUAGGGUGCACACAGAGCUCUGCAGAGAGGGCAGAAUACCCUUUCUCCAGACGGUUGGUGCUUUGAGAAUAUAAACUGGUUUCAACCCCAUCUUUGGGGGAAAUAGGUUUGGGGUGAUAAUUGUAUGUUUCAGAGACCUCAACUUCAGGCAACUCCUACCUCUUUACCUGGCCCUGCUCCUACUUGCCAUAAACCUUGUCAACCUACAUAAACCCAGGAGGCAGUAAUGAAGCAGAAAACAUUUACUUGGGAUCAAAGAAUUGCAAUUCGGGGAACACAUAUCAAACUGGAACAAAAUUAGAAAUGUAAGAAUGGGGGCUUCCCUGGUGGUGCAGUGGUUGGGAGUCCACCUGCCAAUGCAGGGGACAUGGGUUCAGGCCCUGGCCCAGGAAGAUCCCACGUGCCACUGAGCAACUAAGCCCGUGCACCACAGCUACUGAACCUGCACUCUACAGCCCACGUGCCACAACUACUGAGCCCACGUGCCACAGCUACUGAAGCCCACUUGCUUAGAGCCCAUGCUCCACAACGGGAGAAGCCACAGCAAUGAGAAGCCCACACACCAUAAUGAAGAGUAGCCCCCCCCUCCGCAACUAGAGGAAGCCUGCGCGCAGCAAUGAAAACCCAAGGUGGACAAAAAUAAAUUAAUAAAAUAAAUAAAUUAAAAAAAAAGAAAUGUAAGAAUGUUCUGAAUAUCUCCCAGGAAAGAUGUAUUGAGUAUUUAGGAAUAAACCUACCUAAGGAGACAAAAGACCUGUAUGCAGAAAAUUAUAAGGCACUGAUGAAAGACAUUAAAGAUGAUACAAAUAGAUGGAGAGAUAUACCAUGAUCUUGGAUAGGAAGAAUCAACAUUGUGAAAAUGACUCUACUACCCAAAGCAAUCUACAGGUUCAAUGCAGUCCCUAUCAAACUACUACUGGCAUUUUUCACAGAACUAAAACAAAAGAUUUCACAAUUUGUAUGGAAACAAAAAAGACCCCGCCGAAUAGCCAAAGCAAUCUUGAGAACGAAAAAUGCAGCUGGAAGAAUCAGGCUCCCUGACUUCAGACUAUACUACAAAGCUCCAGGAAACAAGACAGUAUGGUACUGGCACAAAAACAGAAAUAUAGAUCAAUGGAACAGUAUAGAAAGCCCAGAGAUAAACCCACGCACAUAUGGUAACCUUAUCUUUGAUAAAGGAGGCAAGAAUAUACAGUGGAGAAAAGACAGCCUCUUCAGUAAGUGGUGCUGGGAAAACUGUACAGGUACAUGUAAAAGUAUGAAAUUAGAACACUCCCUAACACCAUACACAAAAAUAAACUCAAAAUGGAUUAAAGACCUAAAUGUAAGGCCAAAAACUAUAAACUAUUAGAGGAAAACAUAGGCAGAACACUCUAUGACAUAAAUCACAGCAAGAUCCUUUUUGACUCACCUCCUAGAGAAAUGGAAAUAAAAACAAAACUAAACAAAUGGGACCUAAUGAAACUUAAAAGCUUUUGCACAGUGAAGGAAACCAUAAAUAAGACCAAAGUACAACCCUCAGAAUGGGAGAAAAUAUUUGCAAAUGAAGAAACUGACAAAAGAUUAAUCUCCAAAAUUUACAAGCAGCUCAUGUGGCUCAAUAACAAAAAAACAAACAACCCAAUCCAAAAAUGGGCAGAAGACCUAAAUAGACAUUUCUCUAAAGAAGAUAUACAGAUGGCCAACAAACACAUGAAAGAAUGCUCAACAUCAUUAAUCAUUAGAGAAAUGCAAAUCAAAACUACAAUGAGAUAUCCUCUCACACCAGUCAGAAUGGCUAGUGGGAAGCAACCGCAUAGCACAGGGAGAUCAGCUCGGUGCUUUGUGACCACCUAGAGGGGUGGUAUAUGGAGGGUGGGAGAGAGGGAGACGCAAGAGGGAAGAGAUAUGGGAACAUGUAUAUAUGUAUAACUGAUUCACCUUGUUAUAAAGCAGAAACUAACACACCAUUGUAAAGCAAUUAUACUCCAAUAAAGAUGUUUUAAAAAAAGAAAUAAAAUAUUAAAAUAAAAAAACUUAUUGGAAUGUUGAAA